GACACAGCACCACCGACCAGACAACGCCUAGAUCCUGACGCCAUAAGAUAUUAACAAGAGCAUUUUCUCCGUGUGGAGUGUUCACCUUCAGUUGAACGACCAUCUUCACACUCGCAGAGACUGUUUUAAGAUGGGAUCCUCGGGGUCACGAGAACAAAAUGUGGAAAAUAUGACACCACCACAACGGCGAGAGGUGAGCCCUCGAAGAGUGGAACGAAAUCUACAAAAUAAUGCACCAGUACAACAACCAGAGGCAAGUCCUCCAACAACGGAACAAAAUCUACAAAAUAAUGCACCAGUACAACAGCCAGAGGAGAGUCUUGAAGACAUAGAGGAUGAUUCAGACACAGACGAGAUAAGAGAUGAAGAUGUGAAUUUAAAGGAGAGACUGCAACAACUUCAGGAACGUCAGAAGCAGCAAAACCCAGACAUCAAAGAGAAGUGUUAUGAUCCCAAUGAUCCUGAUCUGGAGUUUACAGACAAAGAAGAUGAACAUGACUUUCUGUGUGAAGGUUUCAGCUCUAGAAGAGCUCUGAUGUCCUGUGGUCACUCAGUCACUCCUCCAUCUCUCUUCUACUGGUGCAAGAUACAACUGGAUCAGGGCAACACUUCAUUUAAGUGCGGCGUCUGCAAAGCUGUGUGGCCUUUUGAGGAAGUGACAAAAAUGGCUCUACUCACAGAAGAGGAGAAGGAUGAUUUUGAAGAGGCUUUGUUUCGUAUCAUUGCCCAUAAAAAUCUAAAAAUCCAACAAUGCCCCGGCUGCAAGUGUCGUGUUAUGAGAGAAGACCCCAGUAACCUGCGUGUCCAGUGUCCUCAGUGCUCUGCUAAAAAUGGGAGAUGUUAUGAGUUCUGUUGGCAGUGUAAGAAAAAAUGGAAAAGUCCUAGUGUACAAGAUUCUAACCGCUGUGGAAAUGAAGGCUGUGAAAAUCCAGAUCUGAGAAUCCUGAAAACAUGUCCAGAGAUUGAGUUUGCACAUGUGAGUGGAGUGACAGGCUGCCCGUCUAUUCGUGCCUGUCCCACCUGUGGAAAACUCAUAGCACAUAACAGAGAGAAGUGUAAGAACAUCACUUGUCCUGAUUGUGAAGUGGAAUUCUGCUUUGUGUGUCUGAAAAUCACUACAGAGUGUUUGAAGACAAGUUCACAUUAUGAACCCUGCUCCAGUGGUGUGGCCCCCAGACAGACCUCCAUCCCCGUCAGGAGGAAUUAAAUGAAAGGACCUAAAUCCCCCUUCAUAUAUACAGAGUCAUAACAAAAUCAUUAUAAAUCAGUGAGGAAAAUGAUAUUCCUUUUCUCAUUUUUUUUGUCUAAUCAUAUGUAUUGUAAAAUUAAGUCCUUGUUUACAUUAUAAUUAUGUUAACCAUGUUUUAGGGAAAUUAGUAGUCUAAUCUAAGCACUCCGAUUCACACGUGAACCUUCCCAGUAGAUUCCUGGUAAUUUACCCAUAAAAUUGCCAGAUCAAAAAUAAUAAUAAUAAUAAUAAUUUCAGGCUUUGUUCUCACACAACCCUGAUCUCAUAAUAAAAUUAUUAUAAACUGUUGAGAGAGUCAUCUUUAAUGAAUUUGAAUAUAAUUAUUGAAAUCCUUGAAUAUGAUUGGUCAUGGGCACGCCACACAUUUGCUAGAGUUAAAAAAUAUAUUUAACACACAUGUGCAAAAGUCUUGAAGUGUAAACGACCAUGGCAAUGAAUCACAUGCUGCCGUUUCCCUUAUUCAGGAUUAUUCUCUAGGCUUUAUUUCUAUUAUUUAGUUAUAACCAUUUUCUAGUUUAAAUUUGUAUUUAUAAUUUUUAUCAUUUUGUUAUAAUCAUUAUUUCUAUUGCUACU